UUUUAAAGUAUCUUUUUUAUUUAGGGUCAUAUGAUAAAAUGCUUAUUGGCUGAGUUAGGUCGGGCCGUACGGGAAAAUAUUUGGCUCGAGGUGAAGCGUACGGACCGAGCCCGGAGGGGAUUACUCCCCUAUAUUCGCUAUACGGGAAUGUUCGUUCUUUCGAAAGCAACGCAUGGGCGUGUUGUGAUUUGACUCAUUGGGAUCCCUGUGGUUUUAUUUCCAAGAAAUUUUACUUUGAGGGCAAGCGUCAAGCAAGCGAAAUGCAAGGUCAUACGAAGAUAGCACUUACGGACAAAGACCGUAGAGCGCACUAACAGUGGUAAUAUUCAAGUCACUGUCGAUAUUUAGAUUCAUUUGAUGUGUAUAUGCAUAUUAUACCACGAGCAUGCAUGGAAUUACAUUAGCAGUAACAACGUUCAAUCAAAAGAGGCUCUGUGCUGUGGAAAACGAAGAAAUACCAAGCCUUACAAUGGGUUCACGGAAAAGUAGAGAUAACGUUUUGCAAGGUUCUCAGUCAGAAUGGAGCAGAUCAGUACAAAUAUUGUGCGAGCGACGGAUGUCAAACCACGAAGAGGAUUUGCCUGUGUCGCAAAACGAACGGCGGAUGUCACGCAAUGAAGGGGAUUUUCCUGUGUCCCAUGACAAAAGACUUAUAUCAAGCUACGAAUGGAAUCCCCAUUGGUCCCGUGACGAAAGACCGAUGUCAUUUCAAGAAAGAGGUUCCCAUGGAUCCCGUGACGAAAGAACGAUGUCACGCAACGAAAGGAAUUCCCAUGGAUCCCGUGACGAAAGAGCGAUGUCACGCCACAAAAGGGAUUCCCAUUGGUCUAGUGACGAAAGACCGAUGUCAUUUCAAGAAAGAGGUUCCCAUGGAUCCCGUGACGAAAGAAUGAUGUCACGCAACGAAAGGAAUUCCCAUGGAUCCCGUGACGAAAGAGCGAUGUCACGCCACGAAAGGAAUUCCCAUGGGUCACGUGACGAAAGAGCAAUGUCACGCCACGAAAGGGAUUCUUAUGGGUCCCGUGACGAAAGAGCGAUGUCACGCAACGAAAGGGAUUCCCAUGGGUCCCGUGAAGAGCGAGUGAUGUCACGUAACGAAAGGGAUUCCCAUGGGUCCCGUGACGAAAGAGCAAUGCCACGUAACGAAAGGGAUUCCCAUGGGUUCCUUGACGAAAGAGCGAUGUCAAGCCAUGAAAGGGAUUCCCAUGGGUCCCGUGAAGAACGAGCGAUGUCACGUAACGAAAGGGAUUCCCAUGGGUCUCGUGACGAAAGAACGAUGCCACGCCACGAAAGAGAUUCCCAUGGGUUCCUUGACGAAAGAGCGAUGUCAAGCCACGAAAGGGAUUCCCAUGGGUCCCGUGACGAAAGAGCGAUGUCAAGCCACGAAAGGGAUUCCCAUGAGUUCCUUGACGAAAGAGCGAUGUCAAGCCACGAAAGGGAUUCCCAUGGGUCCCAUGACGAAAGAGCGAUGUCACGCCACGAAAGGGAUUCCCAUGGGUCCCGUGACGAAAGAGCGAUGUCACGCCACGAAAGGGAUUCCCAUGGGUCCCGUGACGAAAGAGCGAUGUCACGCCACGAAAGGGAUUCCCAUGGGUCCCGUGACGAAAGAGCGAUGUCAAGCCAUGAAAUGGAUUCCCAUGGGUCCCGUGACGAAAGAUUUUCAAGAGAUGGGUCCGAAACAUUUGUAAGUGUUGCGCAAAGUGAAGCGAGUAAGGGUCUGAUAGGUUCAAAGAAAAGGAGACGAGAGUGUGCAUCUUCCUGUUUUCCACAUGGCAUCCAAUCUUUACCUGUUGUUACUCAGGAGUUAAUCAAAAGGGGGCGAGUAGAAUCACGUGCUACGGCGACGGAGUCACAGGAGAAUAUAUCUGUACGGGCUGUUUGCUCCAAGCCUACACAUCUGCACUCACCACCAGGGACAAGCGGUCUUUCCUUGUCAACCAAAAGAACUGAUGCUCCCCAAAGAAAACGAAAAAGGAGCAAUAAGUUAGAAAACGAAAGCAUCCCAGAAAAGAAAGAAAAGCGGGACUUCAACCCAAUCGGUUACAAAGCACUUGAAAAUAUUUGCUCUAAAAUGGAUGAAAAUGAAGUCAUGUUACAAUUAGUUAAAGCUGAACAAAGAUAUGUUGCGCUACUGAAUUCACAAGAAGGAAUCCGUGAGGAUCUUUUCAAGCUUGUUAUCGAUAGUUUAAUGGCCGUCAUCAACUCCACCAACCGCUACACAUCUGCUAACGCAAUUCUUCAAGCAACGCACAAGCAGCUUCUUGGAACUCAUUUCCCUGAGUUUAUUAUGAAUUUGCCUCAAUUGAAUUGCAGUAAUGAAGAUGAGCUUGCUGAAGUCAUUCGUAAGAUUAUUAGUAUAUUUGAGGCGCUCUUGCAACGAUUUGACAAGGCUGUGUUUUAUCUUGUUCAAAUGUUGGUAGAUAAACUCAGUGAUAAGAUCCAUCCGCUCGACCAUGGAGAAGUUGGUGACGGUAUUCUCCACCGUAUUGCCUCACUGAAGGCUAUCAAGAAUCCAUUCCACACGAAACAUGGCAAUGAUGAUAGUAUGAAUCCACCAGAUGACUUUCGUAAAAUAAGCGUCGUCCCAAAUGAGGAAGACUUCAAGGAGGUCAGCCCUUUCCUGCGCGCGAAUGUCAUCAAGAGUACUUACAAAGACACCGAGCAUUAUCUUGAUGUACAAUUCCGGCUUCUAAGAGAAGAUUUCAUCAUGCCCUUAAGAGAAAGAAUCCAAGAAUUAAGAAGAAAAGGCAGUAGCUAUCAUGGAACAAAAGAAGAUGAAGACAACACGACGCCACGACAGAACACCUUUCUCUACAAAGAGCUGAAGAUAAUCAAUCCUGUGUGCCAUCGCAGGGGAGGAGUGUACAGAGUUCAAAUCAACAAACAAAAUGGAAGAUUAAAGCACGUAAACUGGAGGACGUUCGUGAUUAAGAGACUAAAGUAUGGCGCACUGGUUUGUCUUUCUGCUGAUGGAUUUAAUACUUUACUAUUUGCCACUGUAGAGAAUCGGGACUUCUGUGAUUUGGAGUGCGGCCUUUUGGAGCUACGCUUUGAAAAUUGUGAGACACAGUCGAUGCAGAAUGCCAUUGAAAACAAAUGGGUGUUUCAAAUGAUAGAAAGUGAGGCAUAUUUUGAAGCAUACAGACAUAAUCUGAGCGCUUUGCAAACAAUGAAUGAGGAAAAGCUGCCCUUUAAAGAAUGCAUUGUGCACUGCAAGAAUGCAGAUGCUCCGCCCAGCUACAUCAUUGAUGAUCAACAAGAAAAUAUGAACGAAGACUGGAAUAAUCAGAGAUAUCAGAGUUCAGAUGAUGGCUAUAUAAUGGACUCACACGAACAGUCCUACUCUGAUACUGAAGAAGGCAGUGUUUCAUCGAACGACAACCUUAAGUACAUGGACAUGACUUGUAUUGCUGACUCAGAGUACCUACAAGAAAACGACCUGGAUGUAUCACGUGUUCCGGUUCAUAAUAUCCACCAAUGGCCGUGCAAGGAAGCAUUAGGACUUGAUGAAUCCCAGUACCGCGCAUGUCAACAAGCACUAAAUCAUCGCUUUGCGCUCAUUCAGGGUCCACCUGGUACCGGUAAGACCUACGUAGGGCUGAAGAUUGCCCAUGCUUUACUUGAUAACCGAGAUUUGUGGAGUGGAGAGGACAGGUCUCCUAUUCUGAUGGUGUCCUACACCAAUCACGCCCUGGACCAGUUCCUGAUGGGACUGAACAACAAACAAGGUGUCGUUCGAGUUGGCGGACGCUCGAAGGAAGAGAAACUCCACGAAUGUAACAUAAAGGAACUUAGAACAAAAAGACGUAACGAAAAGCAUGGAGAUGAUAAUCAACAAGAGAGAGGACGCAUUUGGAGGGAGAGAAAGGAGAUAGAAGAGACCUACCUACCUAAAGAAGCAAGCUGUACCAUCGCAGACGGUUAUAAGGGAGUUUUAUCUAUCAGUACACUGAAGGGUUUCAUGAAAGAACGCCACAUACGGUGUUUUACAAGUUGCUCACAGGAGAAUAGGUCAGAAGAUGCGCAAUUGUUGCAGUGGCUGCGCGUUGAACAGAAACAACCUCAAGACGGCGAUAAACACCAAGUGUUUCAGUCUGAGGACUUCAGAAAGAUCAUCUCCGCUGGACGAGAGUUUGAGGUCGAAGGUGAUGAUGAUGAUCUUCCCGAUGAAACAGAAGGACCAGCUGUCGUAUGCCAUGUAAAUGAUGCCAGAAACCCAGAACAACUUUACAAUAACCUUCAAAGUCAAGAAACUAUGUCUGACGCACAGGAAGAGUCAAUUCAAGAUCUAUUUAGGCUGCCAAGUGGUAGAAGGUGGGACCUUUAUCGGUUAUGGAGAUUAGAAUUGGAAAGAUAUCUACAAAAGAGAAUUACUGACAGCCAAGAAGUGGGCUACGAAACGCUUCUGAUGAGACUAUCAGAGAUCAAUGCCGAUGAAGAUUUCUAUAUCCUUAGACAAGCUAAGAUCAUUGCUAUGACAACGACAUGCGCAGCAAGGUAUCGGGACAUUCUCCAACGAAUUAAACCAAAGAUUGUCAUUGUGGAAGAAGCCGCUGAGGUGCUGGAGGCUCACAUCUUGACGUCACUUCCGUUGGAUUGCGAGCACGUGAUUCUUAUAGGAGAUCACCAACAACUGAGGCCAAGCUGCACGGUGUACGAGCUGGCCAAGAAGUACAACUUGAAUAUUUCUAUGUUUGAACGGUUGGCCAAACUACAGAUGCCUUGUGUAAGAUUAACAGUACAGCAUCGCAUGAGACCAGAGAUAGCGUCCCUGGUGAGACACAUCUACAAGGACCUUACAAACCACCAAAUAGUUCAUGAUUAUGAGGACGUCCUUGGCUUCCAACACAACUUGUUCUUUAUUGACCACAGGCAUUCAGAGAGUGACAGUAAAGAUUCCUUCAGCCAUUUCAAUAAACACGAGGCUCGAUUUCUAGUAAGGCUUUGUCGUUAUGUCAUACAACAAGGCUAUAAACCAAGUCAAAUAACCAUCCUCACACCCUAUCUUGGGCAGAUGCUCAUGAUCAGAGAUGACAUGACUGAAGGCCUUACAGAGAUACGCCUGUCGACCAUUGACAACUACCAGGGAGAAGAGAAUGACAUUAUCCUGUUAUCCUUGGUGCGUAGCAACGACACUGGUCACGUGGGAUUCGUCAAUGACAUCAACAGAGCAUGCGUAGCUUUGUCACGUGCUCGUAUGGGUCUGUACGUCAUUGGGAACUUUGAUCUGCUGUCAGGGAAGAGUGGAAUUUGGAAGAAGGUUGUUGGUGAUGUAAGGAAAAAUGGCAGACUUGGAAAAGAACUUCCUCUGCGAUGUCAAAGACAUACGACGAAGGUUGCGGUGAAAGAUCCCGAGGAUUUCCAGGAAAAGGUACCAUAUGGAGGAUGUAGACUACGCUGUGCGUAUCGACUUGACUGUGGACAUGCCUGUACGCUUCUAUGCCAUCCCUACGAUCAAGAACACAAGGAAUUCAGGUGCAACAAACCUUGUAGCAAGAUAAUACAUGGCUGCAGAAAGGGUCACAUAUGUCGCAAUAUUUGUGGGCAAGAUUGUGAGCCAAAAUGUCUUUAUCGCGUUGAGAUGACUCUUCCGUGUAACCAUGUCAAGAAGAAUGCCCGAUGCAGUGACAAUCCCAACCAUGUGAAGUGUGAUGAAAGAUGCCCGAAAUUACUCAAAUGUGGUCAUCGAUGCCAAGCACGGUGUGGCGAACCAUGCACGUCAUCAUGUAAGGAGCUUGUGAAGCGAAGCGACUGGCCUUGUGGACAUGAAGUUACAAUAGCUUGUUCAGCUAGUCCUCUUGACUGUCGCGGUCCUUGUGGCGGCGAUCCUAGCUGUGGUCAUGAGUGCUCAGGGAGUUGUGGUGAGUGUCUGCAAGGAAGAGUCCAUCGACGAUGCAAGAAAACAUGUGGGAGAGUGCUUGUCUGUGGCCAUGAGUGUCGCGCCAACUGCACCAUCACUUGUCCGCCAUGCACGAACAAGUGUGAAACCAAGUGCAAACACAGUGAAUGCAGAAAGAAAUGCGGUGAGCCUUGCGUUCCUUGUACUCAUCAGUGCGAAUGGAUGUGUAAGCACUUGAAGUGUAGCAUGAAGUGUGGGGAAAUCUGCGAUAGGCCACGCUGCGACGAGCCGUGUCGUAAACUACUACAGUGUAAACAUAGAUGCCGUGGUCUGUGUAACGAACCUUGUAUCUGCGUGGAGUGCGAAAAGGAAGAAAUAAAAAUCUUCUUCGGAACUGAGAACUUUGAUGAUGAAACUGUGCGCUUUAUUCAACUGAGGGGAUGCAAACACAUCUUUGAAGUGCACGCGCUUGAUAAGUGGAUGGAUAUGGGAAAUGAUGAUCAACAAGAGAAAAACUCCAUACAGCCGAAGGUUUGUCCACGUUGCAAAACACCAAUACAAACCAUGAUGCGCUAUAAUAAUGUAAUCAAGAAACAGCUAAAAGACAUCGAGAGAGUUAAAGAAAAACUAUUUAAACCAUUAAGCGAAGAACGAAGAUAUAAAGUGCACCACAAAUUAACCCAGCAUCUCCUUGAUGCUAGCAGCAACAGCAGCAGCAGCAGCAGUUCUGCAAGGCGAAAACGAAGCCAUGAUAAGGUACUCUUGAAAAGGAUUGAUCAAGCAAGGAACGUCUUUGAAAUCAUUAACAUUGAAAACCAGGUGGAACUGCUAACGCGGUGCCACAACCUCAUUAAGAAAGCAACAGAAACCAAAGCCAAAAUUGCCGAUAAAACAAGCUCAGAAAUGAAGGAUGUGAAUUUGAGUAUCUUGAUUUUAAAUUACCUCCAAGAACGCAUCGUUGGUUCAGUUGAGCGGGAGAUCACAGACAUCGAGCUUGAACUGAAACGACAAAAGGUUGUCAUUGAAGUGUGCAGUCUUCGAACUGAAACAAAGAAUCGUGACAUCUGUCUAAAGACUGAACACAGAAUUCUCUUGUAUGACGUCAGGUACACGCCGUCACAACCCACUAUUAGGAAAGAGAUGCCAGAGCUAGAUUACUACUUAAGAAAACUAGAAGAAAUCCGCUCUAUAUAUCCUAUCGAUCCGCCAACACGCGAAGAGAAAGACCAAAUAAUCAGAGCCAUGGGGCUGUCCAAAGGUCAUUGGUAUAAGUGUCGUCAGGGACAUGUCUAUGCUAUUGGUGAAUGUGGCGGUGCCAUGGAAACAGGAUCGUGCCCGGAGUGUCACGAUGUUAUAGGAGGAGCCUCUCACAGGCUUGCAGAAGGGAAUGAAGUAGCUACCGAAAUGGAUGGUGCUCAGUAUUCUGCUUGGUCUGAGCAAGCUAACAUGGGAAACUAUGAUCUACAAGAAUAAUAUCACAUCCCUGUACUUAACUGUUUAUUUUGUAGAAGGGAAUGAAGUGGCUACUGAAAUGGAUGGUGCUCGACAUUCUGCUUGGUCUGAGCUGGCUAACAUGGGAAACUAUGAUCUACAAGCAUAAUACCACAUCCUUGUAGCUCACUUUUUUAUUUACAGGAGGAAAUAAAGUGGCUCCAGAGAUGGAUGGUGCUCGAUAUUCUGCCUUAUCUGUGCACUGAGGAUAACAUGCAAAACCAUAAUGAACUGCAAAAACUAUACCAUAACCUUGUAGCAAAAGUUUCAUCUCAUGAUAGGCUUAAAGAAAGGACCACGAGAAUCUUUUCAAACACAUGUAGCUACUUGCUCAAGGACAUCAAGGAUAUUGUCAAUCUUUUGGGAAUCGUUCUUGUAUCUAACAAAAUCGAUUUUUAGGAUAGCAAAGGAUUUCAAAAAAAUCGAACGUUACUUGCAAAUACAGCUAGUUUUAUUUAAAUUUUACAAAUGUACAUUCGUACGUACAAAGAUUGUUUAAAUAAUGAGUGCAUUCGGGGUUUUUUUCUUUUUCUUUGUAUAUAAAUAUAUUUUUUGCAGUCUAAAAUAUGCUUGUGAAAAUUAGCCUGAUAAAUUUAGAUAAAGAAUAAAGUCUGAAAUCCAAAUUUCAAGCUAAA